AUGCGUGGUGUGCUUCUCACCAAGUUGGUGUGGCAUGUGGUCAACCGGGAGAACACUCCAGCGUUUGUGGAGCCACAGGCGCAGGAAGACUACGUCAAGACGAGCAACAUCGCGUGUGGUUUGAUGUUGCUUCACAUGGGUGCGGAUUAUCACCACGUGGUCGACGACUGUGAGGAAGCGUGGGUUGCGUGGUCACGUCUUAAGUCGUUGUACGGUGGAUCGCAGAAGGCCGGACGGAUUUACCUCAAGCGUCAGCUGUUCAGCAUGAAGAUGGCUGAAGAUGGUAACGUCUUGCAUCACUGCAAUGAUGUGUUGAACAUCGGCGCCAAGAUGGAAGGCGAAGACAUCGCGAUCUGCUUGUUGCUCAGUCUCCCGAAGAGUUUUGAGAACGUGGUUCUGAACUUGGAGAUGAGCAAUGCAGAACUUCGUACCUAA